ACCAUCGCCGCCAUGUCAUCACCGCCAGGCAUGUCGUCUGCCUCAUCAUCGUCGGCAUCCUCGUCGUCAGGCCCAAUCACUCCGACUGGCGAGCAUGAAGACCCCUUUACCUUCCACACUUUGACCAAUGUCGACCAAUUCAAGAAUCCACCCAAAUCGACUUUCGUCAACCCAUCCCUCCAGGAUCUCAUCGCUCCUCACCUCGAGAGCUUCAACGCCCUCUUUAGCGAUGACCCCUCCAUCAACUCGAGCCCCGAAGCUGCGGCCUCUACCUCAAGAGGCAGCGGCGGUGGGCUCCUCGACCGAGCCAUUCGCAGCAUCACUCCCAAAGUAGCAUUUGACAGGAUACAGACCCCAACCACGCAACCAGGAGAGAGGGGAAACCGCGUCGAGAUGGCAAUCGAGGGUAUCCACCUAGGCAAGCCUUCACAGACUGGCGCAGGCAACACAGGAGAUGUCAAGAGAGUGUGGCCAAUUGAGUGUCGAGAGAGGCUCAUGACGUACAAGGCGAGAAUGACGGCCAGGGUCAGCUACUCGGUCAAUGGCUUGCCCAAGCAGGUCGUCGAGAGGGACAUGGGAAUGGUCCCCAUCAUGAUCAAGUCCAACAGGUGCCACCUGCGCGACCUCUCGUCGGAAGAGCUUGUAGCUCACAAUGAGGAAGCCGCAGAGAUGGGAGGCUACUUCUUGAUCAACGGUAACGAGCGUCUCAUUCGUUUGCUCAUUGUGCCGAGAUCAAAUCACGUCGUCGCAAUCGACCGUCCAUCCUUCUCUAACAGAGGACCAUCUUACACCAGCAAAGGUUGCCAGAUCCGCUGCUUGCACCGCAAUGACCUGACCAGCGUCACCAACACCAUCCACUACCUUGACAACGGAGGCGUCACUCUGCGCUUCAGCUGGAAGAAGCGCGAGUACAUGAUCCCAGCCAUCAUGCUUCUCAAAGCACUUGUGUCCGCCUCGGACAAGGACAUCUUCAUGGAGCUCACCCGCGGCGAAGUAGACAACACUUUCCUCACCGAUCGCGUUGAGAUGCUCCUGCGAGGCUUCAAGUCGUACUCGCUCUUCUCCGGUGAUCACUGCCUCGAGUACCUGGGUUCCAAGUUCCGUAUCGUCCUUGGCUGCCCAGAGGACUGGAGCGAUAUCGACGUGGGAGUCUACCUCAUCGACAAGGUCGUCCUUGUCCACCUCGACAGCCCGCGCGACAAGUACCGCUUGCUCGUCUUUAUGAUGCGUAAGCUGUAUGCUCUCGUUGGAGGGGAGUGCUCCGUCGACAACCCAGACUCGCCUCAGCACCAAGAAGUCCUUCUGCCCGGCUUCUUGUACGGCAUGAUCAUCAAGGAGCGUCUCGACGAGUAUCUCUCGAACCUGACGCUGCAGAUCACCCGCGACGUGCGUCAGGGGGCAAAGAAUCUCGACUUCUUCGACGGCCACUACAUGACCAAGGUUUUCCGUCGCGUCACGCCCAAUAUCGGUGGGCGUCUCUCUUCUUUCCUCGCUACAGGCAACUUGCUCUCCCCUUCCGGUCUUGAUCUGCAGCAAGUCUCCGGCUUCACCGUUGUGGCAGAGAAGCUCAACUUCUAUCGCUACGUCUCACACUUCCGCUCGGUACAUCGAGGAGCCUUCUUCGCCGAGCUGAAGACGACGUCGGUGCGCAAGCUUCUGCCCGAGGCUUGGGGAUUCCUCUGCCCCGUCCACACGCCCGACGGGUCGCCCUGUGGUCUACUCAACCACUUCAGCCACACCUGCCAGCUCGUGACUCGCGAACUCGAUGUCAGUACGGUUCUUCCCCUCCUCUCAUCAAUGGGCAUGUCCCCCGCCUUUGCGCACACCGAUGGCCGAACGCACGUCGUCGUCCAGCUGGACGGCAGCAUCGUAGGCUGGGCGACCCCUGCCCUAGCGCAGCAGAUGGCCAACAACCUACGUCUCUUCAAGACGCAGCAGUCGCACGGUGUGCCGCUCGACCUCGAAAUCGGGUACGUACCCGUCUCCAAAGCAGGGCAAUACCCCGGGCUUUACCUCUUCUCGGGUCGUGCGCGCAUGAUGCGUCCGGUCAAGUACCUGUCAAAUGGCCAUCUCGACCACGUCGGGCCAUUCGAGCAGGUCUACCUCGAUGUCGCCUGCCUGCCUGAGGAUGUUCACCGCGGAUUGACAACGCACAUCGAGUGGGCGCCGACCAACGUGCUGUCAGUCAUUGCCAAUCUCACACCCUUUUCCGACUUCAACCAGUCGCCUCGCAACAUGUAUCAGUGCCAGAUGGGCAAGCAGACGAUGGGGACUCCCUCGACUAGCAUCUCUCGCCGGACGGACAACAAGCUCUACCGCAUCCAAACGCCGCAGACGCCCAUUGUGCGCCCGAAGCUGCACGACAAGUACGGCUUCGACGGCUUCCCCAACGGGACCAAUGCCAUUGUGGCGGUCAUCUCGUACACGGGAUACGACAUGGAGGACGCAAUGAUCCUCAACAAGUCGGCACAUGAACGCGGUUUCGGGUACGGGACGGUCUACAAGAGCGAGGUGCUCGACCUUACGGUGGAAGCGGGCUCGCGGGGCUCCUCGACUUGCAAUUUGCGCUUCGGCUUUGGCCCGGACGUCGGUCCCAACAACCCCAUCCGCGAGCGCCUCGACGAGGAUGGACUCCUGCCUCCUGGUGAGAAGGUCAAGAUGGGCGAGCCAAUGGUAGCAUACUGGGACACGGUGACGAACAAGACCAAGUACAAGAAGUUCAAGGGAGACGAUUUUGCGUACGUGGAUACCGUAAGGCUCAUGCCGUCUAGCGAGACGAGCGGCGGGCAGUGGACCAAGCUGCAGAUCACUUUGCGCAUCCCGAGGAGUCCGGUGAUCGGGGACAAGUUCUCGAGUAGGCACGGGCAGAAGGGUGUCUGCUCGCAGAAGUGGCCCGCAAUCGACAUGCCCUUCUCCGAGUCCGGCAUGCAACCAGACGUGAUCAUCAACCCGCACGCCUUCCCCUCACGCAUGACGAUCGGAAUGCUCGUCGAGUCAAUGGCUGGCAAAGCAGGCGCUCUUCACGGUCUCCGUGAAGACGGGACCCCUUGGACCUUCAAUGAGGGCGACACGCCUCACGACUACUUUGGGGAGCAGCUCGUCCGCGCUGGCUACUCAAGGCUGGGCCACGAGCCCAUGUACUCGGGGAUCACGGGACAGGAGUUGCAGAUGGACAUCUACCUGGGAUGCGUCUACUACCAGCGACUAAGGCACAUGGUAAACGACAAGUUCCAGUGCAGGACCACCGGACCCGUUCACGCCUUGACCCGCCAGCCGAUCAAGGGACGUAAAGUCGGAGGAGGUAUCCGUUUCGGAGAGAUGGAGCGUGAUGCCACAUUGGCGCACGGAUGUGCCUUCCUCCUGGCGGAUCGUCUCAUGAACUGCUCAGACUACUCGACCUGCUACGUAUGCAGGGACUGUGGGUCGAUCACCUCGCUGGGGUACGAGGCUCGCAACGCUUCACGCAACGAGGGUGGUGGCGGAGGUGCGGAUGAUGCGCAUAUGCUCGAUGCGUGGAAUCUUGAGGAGGAGGAGGACAGGAUGGAGCGUGAAGGCCUUUCAGGAGAGUACUGCAGGGUCUGCAGGGCGAAUGAGGAGGAGAGGAGGAUAAAGGCGCUUGAUGCUGAGGCGAAUGGUGGCGAGGUGGAUGAAGAUGAGGCAAAGGACAGCAUGGUUGCGGCGCGCUUGCAGGUGCCCGCCGAGGCUGUGGUCAAGAGGGGGUCAAGCGGGCUGGAUACCAUCGCCAUCAGCUAUGUCACACGCUACCUGGCCGCAGAAUUGGCUUCAAUGGGCGUCAAGCUCAGUUUCCAUGUAAGAUAGCAUUGCAGAGGGGGGAGAAAGCAUUCAAUGAUAUUGUCUUUGCGAAGCAGAAG